AAAAAAAAAAGCAAGGAAAAAAAUGGCCCGAGCAAGCCUCCUCCCCCUCGUUAUCCUCCUCGUCGUGAUCGCCGUCCUCGCGGUCGUCGGCUUCAUCGUCUACAGCAUCGUCCAGGAUGUCACAAACACCACACGCGAAAAGAUGGAGAAGCGCAAUGUUAUGUUCACAAAGGAUGGUAUGACGGUUGGAGUAAAGGAAUUGAAGGAAGAGGACUACGUCGAUCGGAGUCAGAGUAUACUUGUGAACAUGUGGAACCACUCUUCUUUCCCUGCGUACAAGAGCCGGCUUUGGAACAUGGCUGGCAAGAGUGAGGACAAGGAGACUGUUGAGAAGAGGAGGCCGUACUCGCAGUAAUAAGUUCUUCGCCGUAUUGUAUUGUCAAUAUGCAUGAUUUUACGCUGGAGUUAAGCUGGUAAAAAUGGCCAUUGGUGCAUUAGUGAAGGCGCUACAUUCGGUUUGAAAGCAUUUUUGUUAUUUACGUGCAAUUCAAGUGUUUAAAUAUAUAAUCAGCGUCGAGUUCAAGGUGCGGCCGUGUUGGUAGAACGGGUCAUGUUGUCUCAUAGUGUCGCAUGCUCAACUUUACUGACCUCAGUGCAUGCUUCCCGCUCCAGAUAUUGUUACGUUGAAUACUCGUAUAUAUCCUCGUCUCACGCGAGUUGAAGAUACCCUGUUCGACACCUAGAAUGCC